AUGCCUCCUGGGAUUCGUGCCUCUGUUUCCAAAAGCGUCUUACGCUUUUGGGACAAUGGCACAAGUCUACCACAAAGGGUUUUUUUCUGUCCUUCGUGCUCGACAUGGAGACGAACGUUGACGACGACUCGAACGCGCAACGGGGUCAGUGACUUGCGACGACAGCACGACGCUUUCACGAGCAGGUUUAUCGGCAAGAAUAGCAGCGAUAUUGCACGCCGUUUAAUAUCGACAAACUCGCCCUUUGAAACCAACAGGACUGUCCCGGCGCGUUAUAGGGAUCUGUAUGCAUUGCUAGGAGAACUACAGCAAACGGCAGCGGAUCAAAUAAGUUUGAGUCGGCUUCAGCUUGCCCAACGGGGGCUGGAAUCAGAAAUCCCUGUGAUUCGUGUCGCCGUGCUUGGUUUAAAUGAUGCUUCUACGGCGCGUCAGCUGGUUCGACUGCUCUUGGCAGACCCCUUGACUGGAAAAGAACCCUGGGAGGACCUGAUAAACUCUCAUGGCUCUGAGGAAUCUCAGGGCUUGCUGAUUCGGUACGGAGAAGAGUCUGGCAUCAUCGACGACAGCGCCUGCCCUACGAUCUCUGUAUCCUCGCCACUCUUAAAGAAAGGAAAUAUUCAAAUUUUAGUCGGCAAAAUUGGCACAGGAAAUGAACCAGCCGGGGUCUCUAUCACCGAAGACACUCUCUUUGUUCCCACUAUUUCGAUUUCCACGCCGAACUCUGAAGUGCAGAGCGUAAUACAAUAUCCUGUUCAUAGGACUAUUAUAUGUGGUACGGGAACAGAUGGGCUUUUUGCCUACAGUGGAUUGCUUGGCCGUGCCAAUCUGGGCCUAACAGAACAGUUGGUUCACGGCGCGAUCGAGUUGAAAGAUAGUGGAAGAAUCUCUGGAGAGAGCAAAGUGACAUUUGUAGAUAUAGCAGUUGCGGAUGCUGCGCUGGCCAAAUUUCGAGAGUCUGUUCAGUAUGCAUCCGACUAUGAACGCGGCUGGACAGCUAGUGGAAUCCAGGAGAUCGUGAAUUGGUUAUCCAUGGCAGACGAUACAAAAAAUGGGAUAGUACUGGAUUUGGAGAUACUUGUACAGUCAUUACUAAAUACAGCCGAGGAAGGUCUGGUUGCUAAGGAGGCCAUGCGAAUCAAGGAGCAAGAAAUUACAACUGUUUCGGCAGAUACGCGUCAAAGUCUUGACCAGACGGUAUCUGCAUGGUCUGAGCGAGCUCACACAGAACUUCGCAAUUCCUUAGAGGAGGUAUUUACCAGUCAGCGCUGGCGGGGUCUCGCAUGGUGGAAGUUAUUCUGGCGUGUCGAUGAUGUAGGCGCGGUCGCAUCGGAGAUCCUGCAAACCGGAUACCUCAAACAGGCCGAGAAGGAGAUGAUCUGGACAGCUGGGCGGGUAAAACAGGCCGGGCUACUGAACAGGUCUCCGAACGCGGAAGAUUUUAUAAUACCGUCUUCGAGGGCGGAACCAGAGCAAAGCGCGGAAGCGACUGAAGUGAAAAAAGACGAUCCGUGGCCGAUGCAGAUUGCUGCUAGUCGAUUCAAAUUGAGUAGCUCAACAAUACCUUCCUUACAAGCGCUCUCACAAAACCUGGUACUUUUCAGCGCCUCGACUACAGGCUUAACCUCGGCACUGUCUGCGUUACUUUAUACAUCUUCAUCAACAGGCCUAUACGAAGCAUGUACAGUAGCAGCCGUAGGAUUGAUCUACUCGAUGCGUCGACAACAAUCCAAAUGGGAGAAGGCCAGGUCUUUUUGGGAAGAAGAAGUCCGAGAGACUGGUCGAACGGCUUUGAUUGAGACUGAAGAAGUUUUACGCAAGUCAGUUCGAGAUGGCCCUAGCCGGGAAAGGGAGGAGCUGCCUGAAACGCGGGCAAGGCUAAUUAUUGAAAGAGCUAGAAAAGCGCUUGAAGAUGUCAAGCGAGGAUAA